UCUAUUCGUGCAGUGUGGUUUUUUUUCCUAACAUGGGGGGUAGAAACAUUUUUCGAUCCUAGCCUUUUGUUGAAUUUUAGCCUUUUAUACAUAAUUAAACCAAGUGACUACAGGAAAAGGGAUUUUUACCCAAGAUGACAGUUACGUACUCGAGCAAAGUGGCCAACGCGACCUUCUUCGGUUUCCACAGGCUGUUACUGAGGUGGAGAGGCAGCAUUUACAAACUACUCUACCGCGAAUUCCUCGUGUUCGCCCUCCUCUACACCAUCCUCAGCUUCAUCUACAGAUGGGCACUGACAGACCCUCAGAAGCGUUCCUUUGAAAAACUUUCCAUAUACUGCGAUCGAUAUGCUGAACAGAUCCCUGUCACCUUUGUGCUCGGCUUUUACGUAACGCUGGUUGUUAACCGCUGGUGGAAUCAGUUUCAGAACCUGCCAUGGCCUGACAAGCUCAUGCUCCUCAUCUCAAGCUGUGUUCAGGGUCAGGAUGAACAAGGGCGGCUGUUGCGACGCACGCUAAUGCGCUAUGUCAACCUCACCUCGCUGCUUAUCUUCCGCUCAGUGAGCACUGCAGUGUACAAGCGCUUCCCAACCAUUGACCAUGUGGUGGAUGGAGGCUUCAUGACAAUAGAGGAAAGGAAGAUCUUUGAGAGCCUCAAUUCCCCACAUCUUAAAUACUGGAUCCCUGCUGUGUGGUUCACCAAUUUGGCCUCCAAGGCGAGGAAAGAGGGCCGAAUACAAGACAGUGUGGAUCUUCAGACCAUUCUUACUGAGAUGAACAAAUUCAGGACCUGGUGCUCGACUUUGUUUGGAUAUGACUGGGUCGGAAUCCCCUUGGUUUACACACAGGUCGUAACUUUGGCUGUCUACACAUUCUUCUCAGCCUGCAUCAUCGGUAGACAGUUUCUCGAUCCCGCCCAGGGGUACCAAGGACACGACCUUGACUUCUACGUGCCUAUCUUCACACUACUGCAGUUCUUCUUCUAUUCUGGAUGGCUCAAGGUAGCAGAGCAGCUCAUAAACCCAUUUGGAGAGGACGAUGAUGACUUUGAGGCCAACUGGUGCAUCGAUAGGAGUCUGCAGGUGUCUUUGAUGGCAGUGGAUGAGAUGCACAUGAACAUUCCGCACAUGACCAAAGAUAUUUAUUGGAACGAACGGGACAUACGACCUCCGUAUAAUCGUGCCUCCGCAGACCACAGCAUACCGUCAUUCCUGGGCUCCACCACUGACAUGGGUCUCUCAGAAAUAUAUCAGAGGGAGGUCAUUAAUGCCAACAACCCAAGGAUGCAGGCCACAGUUCUGGGCCGCAUGCGUCGCCUGCUGAGCGUCCAGGAGCCCACAGAUUUGCACAUGCGUCCAUCUUUCAAGCGCCACAGCAGUGAUAUCUCCAGCUUCCAUUUACACCCCAGGGCGGAGGAAAGCCUGCAGUCUCACUCCAAAAUAAAUUUCAACACACAAUUUUACCCUCUUUUCACUGUCAACGAGGUGAACAGCACUGUACCUUCUCCUGUUGGCUCCUUACACAGACCUUUUUCCAAAAAUUUACCCUCUGUAGUGGUUAACGAGCCCCUAGGAGAUCUCAGCGUCACUGGCAGUGUUGUACAGGAGCACAUUGGACGUGCACAAUCUGACUCUUCAUUAGAGUCAGCUCAGGUUCAGGAGCAUUAUGAAAAGCAUCGUAGAGAGGGUAGUGUCCCAUACACAGAAUCCAGGAGGUCUAAACGCUCAUCUCCGGCAAUUAAGAAGAAAAAGAGUCUGUCAUUUCUGCUGCCGAGACAAAGCUCCAAGACCUCUACAAAGAACUUUACAAGCCCCCAAGAAAUGCUGAGAAGAAAUGAACGCUUUGCGAAACAACAGCAGGAAACUCUGCAGUCUGAUUCUGCACAUCAACAAGAAACUUCUCAAACUGUAGACUUGAGCAAACUGGAAAAAGAACGGAAAUUUUGACCCGGACUCGGGUGAAUCCUGAACUGGUAGUAAAUCUAACCAGUGUGUAUCCUGAAAAGAUCAUUAGAGUCCAGUCAUUUUUAUAUGGUUUACAGAAAUCAGAUGUCUUUUACAAAAGCCCUGAACUGCAACUGUUUUUGUCAAUUUGUAUAAGAACAGUUUUAUUUACCACGUCUUAUUUUGACUUACAAAAUUGUUAUUUAGAAAUAACAUUUUAGUCAAGAUACUGCAUAAAAAUAUUGAUAUACUAAAUUAGAAUAACUUCUUACAUCAAUAUAAUUGGAUAAUAAGAAAAAUAUAAUGAAAUAUAAAGUUGAUAUAAUGCCAUAGUAAGUCACUAUCAAGAGAUACUGCAUUGAAAUAUUGAGUCAAAAUUCUGAGAUAUUAUAAGUAAUAAAUAUGUCAGUAUAACUAAAGUCGAUAUUAUAGGAUAAUUAAGUCAAUAUGACGAAAUAUUAAUAAAGAUAAUGGGAUACUACGUCACUAUAAUGAAAUACUAAGUCAGAUAACAGAUUUGAGAUCACUACUUAAGUCAAUAUAAUUGGAUAAUAGGGCAUUAUAACACAAUAAUAAUAAAGAUAAAGAGAUACUGCAUCAAAAUAAUGAGCUACUCAGUCAAAAUAACGAAACACUGCAUCAAAAUCAUGAGAGACCAAAUCAAAAUAAUGAGAUAAUAAAGUCAAUAUAACUACUUAAGUCAAAAUAACUGGAUAGUAAGUGAAAAUAAUGAGAUGUUAAGCCAAUACGAUUGGAUAAUAAGUUUAUUUAAAUCAAUAUUAAGUGAAUGUAAAGGGAUAGUAAGUCAAUUUAAUGAGAUACUAAGUCACUAUCAUGAGAAACUAACUGAAGAUCAUGAGAUAUUAAGUCAAUAUAACUAUUUAAGUCAAAAUAAUGGGAUAAUAAGUCAGUAUAACGAGAGUCAAAAUACUAACUCAAAAUUACUCAAAAAAAGGCAAAAGAAAUUAAGACAUCCAGUCAAAAUCAUUACGGCAAUUGAACAUAAAUUCGCACCUUGCAAUUUCAGACUUCUGCGCUGUUGCAUCUAAAGGUUGUAUAAUAUAAACCGUGCCUAAGCCGAGGCCCGUCCAUGAAAAAAAAUUAUUUGGGUGACUUUAAAGUGUCCAGAUUUGAAGUUCAGUGAACAUGUUCCUUAAGCGUUCCCCUGUAUACCAACAUUAAACAAAGUGAAUUGAUUUAACGGCUGUUUACUUUCUAUAGCACU